AUGGAUGUUUUAGCUGCUCUGGAUUCCCUCUCCACACUGGAUGCCAUCAUUUCAGACAGCAGGUAUGAAAGUGGCUCUGUCAGUGACAAUGAAGAUGACAACAACAGCCAACUUCCUGCUGAACACUACCUGGCUUUAGCAGAGAGUCUUGAUAUUGCUCAGCUUCGACAGAAGCGGUAUUGUCAGCACAUCAAGGCUAAUGUGGAGCGGCAAUGGGAUCAGAUCUCUGAUUCAGAGGAGACAGUUCACUUCCUGUAUGUGUUCUUCAGUUGGUGGUGUGAUAUCUGUUGUGGCAAGAAUAAUCAAUACUGUCCGGGCAUUAAAUGCAAAAGCUUGCUGGAGACAUUUUGGAAGUGGUGGCAUCUUGUCCUCAAACAGGAAACAGCAUCAGGACUCAACAAAGAUACAAUUGUCAAGGUGGAAGAUGUUGUUGCACAGGUGGCCACAGAAAAAAAGCUGGCUCUUGUUGGGUGGCCAAAGAAGAACAUGUAUAUUGAAGAUGUUGCUGAGUUCACUCAAGUCAUCCUCACCACUACUGAGAUGACAUUUGUCUCUGAUGGUGGACGCCCCCAAUUGUUCAUAUUCUUAAAACCAGAGUUUACCAAAAGAUUUCUUGAAGAUAAGGCACUGAACAAGUUUAAGAUUCUGGAAAUCAUCUUUGACCUGACUCUGGUUCUCAGCCCGCAUAUCUGCCUGCUGACUAUGCUCUUUCACAUUGGAGGAUUCAAGUCAAUUUCAACAACUGGACCAGUGUUGGAUUCUGCAGAGAAACUCUACAGCAUCAAAGUGCUGGAUGGCAAGGGACAGCAGCCGCUGCUACUAAAGAAUGAAUUACUGGAUAAGUUUGUAUUUUGCCAGAUGGAGCUGACAUUCACUGGAUUUAAAAUUUGCCUGGAUCAGAGGAUGACUGCAUCCAUGAUCACAGGCUUUGAGAAGGUCGCCCACCUGUACAACCUCCACUAUGCUGGAGCUGAGGCAUUUAACAACAGUGAGGAAGUUAUGGAGGUUCUUCAGAACAUCAUGCUCCAACACGCAGAUAUUUGCACCUUUGUCAAGCAUUAUCAGGUGGAUGUUGAUGUUGACGCGCAGGGAAUUGUCCGAAAAACAGGCUCCCAAACAGCAUUCCUCUCCGCAGAAGAAUCAAGGUCCCUCAACUACCUUCCAGUUGUUCUUGGCUGGCAGGAUACUGUUCAGAAGUGCAAGCAGGAAUUGAAGAAUCAUGAAGCUGAGUUAGAAUGUGCCAACGAGGUGUGCAAGUCUGCUUUAGGGCACCUUGACAACAGAGCACUUGCUGAGUCCAACCCUGAUGUGCUGGUGAGACUGGAAGUUUUCCGUGAUCAGACAGCAGAAGCAAAGUUGGUGUACAACAGCACUGUCUGCACUAGUCUUGAAGCAGAAUAUCAGUGGAGGAUCAACACAAUCAAUGCAGGGGUUGCAUUCUGUGGUGUGGAGGAAGGGCAGCCCUCAUGCUGGCCCGCGUGCUGGCCUGUGGUUGAUGAUCCUUAUCCUCUGAUCAAGUGGCAGAGGUGCUUGGUAAAGGAUAACACUGAGGUCCUCUUGCAUCAAGCAAUGGAGUCUGUGCAGGCCAAGCCUACAGCUGAACAGCCUCAGGCUUGCUUUUGA